AUGUUUGUUAGCAAAAUUAUAUUGAAUGUUGUGUUGCCACUCUCAGUAAUCAAUAUAAGUUUGGGCCGAGUGGAUGGCGAAACCAACAAUUAUGUAUCGCAAAUAAAACGCUGCAGUGACUGCUCAUGGUCCACUGUAGACGGGUGUAGAGUGUGCCUCCACGAAGGGCAUAACUCACAGAGGUACGGGAAGAGCGGUAGCGAGUCGGUGUCAACAAUACAGUUGGCCAAAGAUAACCUUGAACUGUUUAAGAACGGCAAAAUAUCGUUCGCCUUGAGGUCGGAAGGGCCUUUUGGGUCCCUAGGGUUCAACGAAAAACUACACGGUAGCAACUUUGCAAACGUGUAUAACAAUGAGCCCAAAAAUACUUCAAGAUUAAGGCACCACUCAAGCGUGCUAUCGGCAGACGAAGUAAACGAGUACAUUCCUCUGAACCAAAUUAAGGAUUCACUCUACGUCGGAUCAAUGUAUGUCGGAUCACCUCCUCAGCUGAUGCAUCCAAUAUUUGACACAGGAAGCACCAACAUGUGGGUUGUUGGCACCAAUUGUGACAGUGAAACCUGUAAGAAGGUUAAAAGAUUUAAUCCAUCUCUUUCAAACACAUUUAAAGCUCUAGCGAAGCCCAAGAGGAUACACAUCAGGUUUGGCACUGGUGAAAUCGAGGGGAAACCAGCCAAAGAUGUUGUUAAGAUAGGCGGAAUGUCGUUUGAGCAGGCUUUUGCAGUGGUUGAAAAGGAAAAUGAUCCUGGAAGUGAUUUUAAUGUGUUUGAGAGAAUCAACUUUGAGGGCAUUGUUGGACUGGCGUUCUCCGAAAUGUCGAGCAUAAAGGCGCCGUCAGUGCUAGAAAACCUCACCAAGUUGAACUUGCUGUCCCACAACGAGUUCUCGUUCUACAUUGGAGAGGACACGCGCGACGCGCUGCUAAUGUUCGGAGGCGCAAACUCUGAGUUCUACGAGGGAGAGCUGAAGAUGUUCCCAGUGGUCAGGGAGCACUACUGGGAGGUUGCGCUGGACGAAAUAUACCUGGGCGCCGAGAAGAUUUGCUGCAAGGAGAAGAGCUACCUGAUAUUUGACUCCGGAACCUCGCUCAACAGUGUGCCGAGUUCCGAGUAUUCCGACUUCCUGAGCAUGAUCGACAAGGUUCGUCCGCAGUUUCCUAACUCCUGUUUUAGAAGUGCAUCAGUGAUUUCGACGGUCUCACCAUCACCUACGUGCUGGUUAGGCGGAGAGAAGAUUGUUAUUGAGCCGAGUCAGUACAUAUACAAGCAGGGCGACCACUGCACCCCGGCGUACAUGCAGCUGGAUGUGCCUUCUCAGUUUGGCCACGCCUACGUUCUAGGGUCCAGUGGAUUUAUGCGCUACUACUUCACGCUCUUCAGAAUGGGCAGCGGAGAGAGACCAUCAAUGGUUGGUGUUGCUCCUGCCAAGAGGGGCCCUGAGGUGUCCAAGCGUGCUCGUGAACUAGCCCUAAUGAACUCUGAAUUUUAG